AUGCAACCAAAUAAUACCAUCAUCGGCAUCAAUUCCAUCAACCGCCGCUUCUGGGUCUACGCUAUGAUGGAGGAUGCGCCAAAGAAUGGUGUUCUUGCGGUGCAGACACUGCGAAACAACAUAAUGGCAUCGACCCUUUUGGCCUCGACGGCCAUUAUGCUCAGUUCUCUCAUUGCCGUGUUGAUGACAGGUGGCAGCAAGGAUCGAAAGGCGUUUUUCGUCUUCGGAAACAGAAGCGAGCUCGCGUUUUCCAUCAAGUUCUUUGCCAUAUUGGUCUGUUUCUUGGUGGCUUUCCUGUUCAAUGUGCAGUCCAUAAGAUACUACAGCCACGCGAGCAUUCUCAUCAACACCCCCUUCAAAAAGAUGUCACCGCAUCACAAGCAUCAUUAUCUCACAACCGAGUAUGUUGCCAACACUGUCAACAGAGGCAGCUAUUUCUGGUCCUUGGGCCUCCGUGCCUUCUAUUUCUCUUUCCCUCUGUUUCUGUGGAUCUUUGGGCCCAUUCCCAUGUUCGUGUCCUGCUUUGUUUUGGUCAUCAUGCUCUAUUUCCUGGAUGUCACCUUUCAGUUUGGAUGGGUUGUUGGGGUUGCCGAUGAGGAGGAGCACAACGGCCUUAACAAGGAUGAGGAACAAGGCACGUCAUUACAACAUCAUUAG